AAGUUGAUGAAGUUUAUUUUUAAAAUGUUAUUAAUAUGAAUUAUCACGAACGGCAAUAAUUCAAAACUGAUUUUAUAUUUAUUUUGAACUGAAAUGUCUUUAUGUUCAUCUUUUACAAUGAAAUAUAAUUUUAAGAUUCAGAAUGUUACUUUUAAAUAAUGAUUCUGAAAGAAUUAUAAAAAUUUUGAAAUUGGUAUAGUGUGCGAAGUUGCAUGAAAAUUAGUUGCCCUUAAAAUUGAAUUUAUUAAAAAUAUAUAUAUUUGAUUUAUUCGUUAAUAUGUCUGGAGUGAUUGCAGUUCAUGUUGGUGCUGGUUAUCAUGGCAGUAGUUUAAGGACUGCCUAUAAAGAUGCAUGCAAAAAAGCUUGCAUUGCAGCGAUCGAGAAACUGAAAACAGGAAUGAAUGCAGUAGAAGCUGUAGCCGAAGCGGUAUGUGUGCUUGAAAAUUGCCCAUUAACUAAUGCUGGGAUUGGAUCAAAUCUCACAUUUAAUGGAGUGGUUGAAUGUGAUGCAGGUAUCAUGGAUGGUAAAAAUCUUAAUUUUGGUUCAGUGGGUGCAUUGAAGAACAUCAAGAACCCGGUUAAAGUUGCACAAAAAAUUCUAGAAGAACAAGCGUGUGGUUUACUACCCGGGGGAAGGAUUCCACCUUGCACACUCGUUGGUAGUGGUGCCACAGAUUGGGCCUUAGAAAAAGGUUUCAAAUUUUUUGAUAAUCAGUUCCUCUCUACAAAAGCAUCAGAAACUGCUUUUUCAAAGAAUUUAUCUUUGGUGCAAAACACUUUGAGUACUGUUCAGGAAAAUAGCAAUCCCAUGUUGGAAAAUGGUAUUGAUGAUAAUGAUUUGUUUGAUACAGUUGGAGCUGUCUGUGUGGAUUGUUUUGGAAAUGUAGCGAGUGCCGUAUCUAGUGGAGGAUUGCUGUUGAAAUAUUCUGGAAGAAUAGGACAAGCUGCCGUAUUUGGAUCUGGUUGUUGGGCUGAACAAUCUAUUGAAGAUGAAAAGCCAAGUAUAGCAAUCUGUGUGACGGGAAUUGGGGAGUACUUGAUCAAAACUAUGUUUGCUCGAGAGUGCCACCACACUUUGUAUAAUGACCCAUACAGUGUUAGUGCCGUUCCUGAUUUUUUUAAGAAUAAAUUUAUAAAUAACUCCUGCCUGAAGAAUGUAGAUUUAAAAUUAGCUGGAGUUUUGAUUUUGAAAUGUUUUUCACAAGAAGACUUCUGUGAACUCUCGUGGGCUCAUAAUACUAAAACUAUGAUUUUAGGAUACAUGAGUACUGAUUCUAAAAAACCAGUUACUAUCUUUUCUUCACAACCAGAAAGUGCUACAAUUGGUGAGAGUGUAAUGUUUGCUGAAAAAUGCAUCAAGUUAAAACAUACAUCUUGAUUAAAUCAUUAUACAGUACAGAACCCGUUAUCCGGAAAUCAGAAAACCGAAAAACCGGAACGAAAUUCGAUAAAUU